AUGGAGGUAGACAAUGACCCUGAGGCCAAUGACACCGAGAGCGACGAAUUAGAUGACAUCAAUAUAGCUGCUGCACCCGAUCAACCACAAAGGAUCCCUACACCCCCUCCGACAAUUGGUUUGCCAUUGAUCAUUGUGUCAGGUACUAUUGCCAAUCACGAUCCAGCCCUGGUGACGAAGGAGGUCUCCUACAUUAUCACUGUAUUCUCUGCUGCCGAAAUGAAGAAAGCAAAGACCAAAUACGAGCCUAUCAGUGCUUCUGUCAACCUGAACUCUGAUGAACCCUGGGACACUCUCAAGGCCCAGGUCCUUGUGAAGAUUUCCAAUGCGAUCAAGCCCCGUGUCCUCAACUUUGAUGACUAUGCCCUUACAUACCAAAUCCCCUGA